AUGUCCGCAGCACGCAAGAGCCGCGUCGUGCUGUACGUGCACGAGCUGCUGCACUCGCCAACUGCCGAGGAGAUCACGGUCCACGUGCACCACUUGUUCGCACGCAUGGGCCUCCCUGAACCGUACCCAGACGCUGAGCGACUCGCAAUUGCGCUCGUAACCGGUAUCUUCACCCUCUUCAUGUACUUUGUCCUGUUUGGCAAGCGCCAUCGCCGCCGCCGACGCGUGCUGAAGGAGGAGCUGGACGAAGCGUAUCGGAAGGUGCAAGAGCUGCAGGACCGGAUGGCGCAGAUGGAGCUGGAGGAGCGGGAAGCGCCGCCCAAGGAGCAGAUCCGCAUUUGGAUGGACGGCGCUUUUGAUAUGAUGCACUAUGGCCACAUGAAUGCCUUCCGUCAGGCCCGCUCAUUGGGCACUUAUCUGGUCGUGGGGGUGAAUGAUGACGAAUCCAUUACAGCGUGCAAAGGCGCCCCUCCCGUACUCAAUAAUGACGAACGCAUCGCGUCCGUCAAAGGCUGUAAGUUCGUGGACGAAGUCGAGCCGCAUUGUCCGUACAUUAUGAACGAAACGUACUUACAACGGAUGCUCGAGAAACACCGGAUUGAUUACGUCGUGCAUGGAGACGAUCCGUGUAUUGUUGAUGGCAAAGACGUCUACGAGUCGGCGCAGAAGCUCGGCAAGUACCGGACGAUCCCACGCACGGAAGGCGUGUCUACGAGCGACAUUCUUGGCCGCAUGCUCGUGAUGCACAAGACACAUCACACGCACGACCACUUUGCUGCGAACGGUCAGCUGUCGUCACGGAUGUUGCAGGACAAGAAAGCCAAGGAGCGGCCGUCCAAGUUCUUGACGACCAACCGCAUGUUGCGCUUGUUUUCAGUGGGCAAUCACGAACCACAGAAGAGUGACAAGAUCGUGUACAUUGAUGGCGCGUUCGACAUGUUCCACGCUGGCCACGUCGAGAUCCUGCGUCUUGCGAAACAAGAAGGCUCGUAUCUUGUCGUGGGGGUGCACAAUGACAGCGUGGUGAAUGCCCAUCGAGGCUUCAAUUACCCGAUUAUGAACCUGCAUGAGCGUGUGCUCAGUGUACUUGGCUGCAAGUACGUGGACGACGUCUUGAUCGAUGCACCGUGGCAGGUGACGCCCGAGAUGGUGGCGUCAUUGAAUAUCUCGGUCGUCGUGCACGGCACGCAUCGCGAUCAGCAUCACUUGUCGGCGUUCUCGCUUGAUGAGCACUAUGAGCACGCACGUAAGGUGGGAAUCUUCAAAUUGAUCGAGAGUCCCCUCAAGCUAGACGUGGACGACAUUGUCGCGCGUAUCAACGACAACCGCGAGCGCUUUGACAAGAAGUUCGUGAGCAAAAUGAAGGCUGAGCAAGAGUACUACGCCGAUCGCUAUGGCAUCAAACAGUAG